AUGGUGCCGUUUCAGUUGGAGAUAUUAGCCCUCGUUGCCGUGCUGGUCGGCUUUACCGUUAACACAUACAUUGUCGUUAUCGUUGCCCUGACGAAGCAGAUAACGUUCGCCAGCAAGGUGCUGCUGUUGCACCUAGGGAUCGUGAAUGCGGUGCUGUGCCUGUUCUACUUCAUCUUCUACGCGGUCAGCCUGCUCCAGUUGCUGCCGGGCGGGGUGGAUGCGCUGGACGUAGCCUGUCUGCUGUUCGGGAUCUGCUUCAACACGCUCCACUCGAUCGCCUUGUGGACGCUGUGUGCGCUCAACUUCGACCGGUACUUCGCCAUCGCCACCCCGCUUCACUAUGGCACCUUCAUCAACACGAAAAAGCAAGUCCUGGUCACACUGGGGGCCGGCUGGCUCGUGUCCACGCUCUUCAGUCUGCCACAGGCGGUGCGCAUCUCGGCGUACAAGUUCGACGCCGACUACGCCCUGUGCCUGCCGAACUUGCAGACGACCGAAUCCCUCAUCUACAGCAUCUGCUUCGUCCUCUUCACCAUCCUGCUGCCGAUCGGUCUGAUCGUGGGCUGCAACAUGAAGGUAUUCAUGAUAGCGCGCUAUCAGCGCAACCGGAUCGCCUCCGCCAUCCUCGAGGUGACGCUGUCCGCCCAGCUCACCAUCACCCACCAGCGUAAUCCGUUCUUCGUGCAGAGCUCGGGCGCUGGCCAGCCGGCGGCCGUUCCGUUGGCGGACUGCAGGGCCUGUUCGGCGCAGGGCACGGCCUGCAACCCGGCCGCCAAUGUGAUCCAGCUCGUCGGCUCGGCGAUCCUGCUCCACUGCCCGUACUACGUGGCCAUCCUCUGGAACAGCGCGCUGCCGUUUGCGUCGAGCAGCUGGCGGACGCCGGCCGUGCUGCUCUACUUGGCCUGCUUCCUGCUGUUGCUGUCCCCGACGGUCAACGCCAUCCUGUACGGCGUCCGCAGCAAGAUCGUGCGCCGCUCGUUCCGCAACAUCUGGCGCAAGCAGAAGCAGAAGAUGGAGAUCCACUACGAGAUACAGGCGCGCACCCCGUCAACCUGCGGCUCCCGGCGCCCCUCCUUCAGUGGGGCCCAGCUGCAGCAGCAUCAGCAGCAACAGCCACUGCUACUGGCAUUUGCGGACGGCGGGGCGCGCGUUGACGGUGAGCCAGGCGGGCCGGACGGGCUGGACCAGGCAACCCUCUCGCCGCUGAGCCGGACCAAGUUCGGGAGCUGUUCGGCGCUCGGUGCGGGGUGCACGUCGCCCCCGCCGAUCGUCAGCGCGCUGUCCGCCGUGCAGCAUGAGUUUACGGUCGGCCAGGCGACGGCCACGCGGCCCAAGAUCACGAUCACCGAGAUCCUGCCGGACGAGGAGCCAGCCCGCCAGGCUCUCAGGCUGCCCAGCGACUCGUCCGCCAAUUGCUCCGUCGCCGGGGUCGCCGCCGGCGACGCAGGUGACUGUGAGCCUUUUGUCUCCAGCCCCACCAACAUCACCACCACCGGCACCACGAACCCACCGAAUCAGCAGCAGCAAACCGACAAUCUCUGCGUCGCGACCAGACAAUCAAGUGCCAAGCUGCCAAUGCACCCACCGGCACCCGAGCUGAAGCUAUCGUUUAAAAAGUUUGCCUCGCUGCAAGAAAUUUUAGGUAACGGAACUGACUAAGGCUCGGUCGUAGGAUACCAGAAA